GCUUUGCCCCUUCACCAUCCAGCGGUAAUGCAUACUCAUCCUCCGCUCGCAGUUUAGUCCGCCGUCGGGGGAGGAAACGCGCACUGUGUCAUGGAGCAGAACCACAGACGAGAGGAGCAGAGCGACCUGUUCGCCGGCUUCAGCACGGCUUUCAAAUCGUUCGCCACUGAGGCGAUUCACGUCGGACAGGAGCCGGAACAAUGGAAAUCAAUGGCUGUAGUGCCGCCGAUUUCUCUCUCUACCACGUUCAAGCAGAGCGGACCAGGAAACCACGCCGGUUUUGAAUACAGCCGGAGUGGAAACCCUACAAGAAACUGUCUUGAGAAGGCUGUGGCUGCUUUGGAUGGAGCAAAGUAUUGCCUUGCUCUCGCCUCGGGGCUGGCGGCCACGGUGACCAUCACGCACAUGCUGAAAGCCGGCGAUGGAAUUGUCUGCAUGGAUGACGUGUACGGAGGCACAAACCGCUACUUCCAAAGGAUUGCCACUGAACUUGGUCUGGAGGUGUCUUUUGCUGACUGUACAAAACCAGAAAAGCUGAAGGCUGCUCUGAAAGCCAACACUAAACUGGUGUGGAUCGAGACGCCCACCAACCCCACCAUGAAGGUUGUUGACAUCAAGGCCUGUUCUGAGUUGGUCCACGAACACAGCAAAGACAUAGUGGUGGUUGUGGACAACACCUUCAUGUCUGCCUAUUUCCAGCGCCCCUUGGCUUUGGGAGCUGAUAUCUGCAUGUAUUCAGCCACCAAAUACAUGAACGGUCACAGUGAUGUGGUAAUGGGUCUGGUCUCUGUGAACCGGGACGAUCUCUACGAGCGACUAAAGUUUCUGCAAAAUGCACUGGGUGGCGUACCGUCUCCCUUUGACUGCUUCCUGUGCAACCGAGGACUGAAGACGCUACACCUGCGGAUGGAGCGGCACUUCCAGAACGCCAUGGCUGCUGCCAAGUUUCUGGAGGCUGAUCCGAGGGUGGAGCGCGUCAUCUUCCCAGGCCUGCCCUCUCACCCCCAGCAUGAUGUGAUGAAGAGACAGUGCACCGGAUGUCCGGGGAUGAUCACCUUCUACAUUAAGGGGAAACUCGAGCAUGCCACCACCUUCCUCAGUAACCUCAAAAUGUUUGCGAUAGCUGAGAGUCUUGGUGGUUAUGAAAGUUUAGCAGAACAUCCGGCAAUUAUGACUCAUGCAUCAGUGCCAGAAAAAGAGAGGAGUGUCCUUGGGAUCAGUGACACACUGAUCCGACUCUCUGUGGGACUGGAGGAUGAGGCCGACAUCAUUGAAGACCUGGAGCAAGCACUGGCUGCUGCUCAUCCAAAGAUGAAGUGAAAUGUCUUCAGGGCGUCAUCAAGGCUGAGGUUGGGAUGAAGACCGGAGGUACCUGAAGUUAUAAAUCACACGCAGUACCUCAGUUCAGCGCACAAAACCGCAGAGAUUCACCUAUCAGGGAACAACUUAUACUUAUACAAAUACAAAUCAUAAUAUCUGUGAAUAAUUCUCACAAUUGUUACAUGAGAAUCUUUUUGAUGCCUAUUUUACUAGAACAUCAGUUGUAAUCUUAUUUAUCUUAUGCAGGUUUUGCUUUGUUUUUAUGUUUGUAUGUUUUGUUUUAAUUUAGUUUUGUUUGGAGGGCUUUAAAAGGGGCGUAACCCAAUCCAGUGAAGAAGACUGAUGGAGGAAAAACACCAAACAAAUGACCUUCUGUAGUUAGCUGUAAAACCUGUUUACUUCAGGCUGCAUCCCGGUUUUGAUACACAGAACAGUCUCCAAAUGGAAAGUUUUAUACCACCGCCCCUCAGUACAUCUACAGCUGUAAUCUAUAUUAAUCAUUUCUUAAUUCUAACUGGUGUAGUUUGCUCUGCAAAAGAUCUAGAAGUGAAUUAAUGAUUUCUAAUUAGACUAACUAGACUCAAACAGACAAGAGCUAAUGCCGCCACCUACUGUCCAAAAGUCACAUUUCCUUUUCUUCUUCCAUUCAGAAAUGAUGAAUAGCAAUGUGUGUAUGUGGUUGCAGAAGAAAAAACUGGAUACGAGUUUUGUUUGAUAAGAACUUGAUACUAUGCUUCAUCAAGUGUAUGCCUUGUAGUAGGGGAAAAAAAGGAGCGGAGAGGAGAGGAACCCUAUUGUUCAAGUUUUAGACUAAUCAGGAUAUUUUCCAAAAAAUUAGGGAGUAUUUGGUACACUCAUGCCUCAUUUGGAGCAGCAUUUCCUAGCAAUGACGAUGUUUUUACAGUAACAACUAAAGGCUGUUUAUUGGAGUAUUUUUCAGAAUAACAUUUGAUGUGUGUUCUUGAAUUUAAAUCAAAGCAUUUGUGUCAAUGUCUCCCAGGUCAGGACCCGAAUUGUGUUUUUUUUCUGUGCAGAGAAAACGGUUUCACGUGGGCACUCCCUCCUUCUGCCCCCCUUUAGUUACACAUCACAUCACUGCUCCAGCAUACUCCUCCUCGAGUGGGACAGACCACUCAAGAUCAAUGUCAUUUAUGUAACCGACAAAUCCAUUAAAAUCAGUUUGCAGUAGAA